CUAAUGAAAAUAAUCAAAAUGAGAAAGCCUUUGGUCAUAAGAACAGUAUUAUUCAGCAUCGAAAUACUCAGACUUCAGAGGAGACCUUAAAAUAUAAUGAUGAUGGGAAAUCCUUAGAAGAAAAGACCGUAAUAAUUCCAAACAGGCGAAAUGACACAGGAAAUAAACUCUGUGAACAUAAGGAACACGGUGGGGAAACCUGUGAGAAAUUAUCUCUCUUGAAAUGCCAUGAGGUUUACAUGGAAAUAAAACUAUAUAAAAGCAAUCAAAUUGAAAAUAAUUUCAGUAGGAUGUCACACUUCACUCAAGUUCAGAAAAGCCAGAGAGGUGAGUGUCUAUUGAAAUGUAAUGAAUGUGGGCAAACAUUCACCUACAAGUCAAACCUCACAGUGCAUCAGAGAACACACACAGGGGAGAAACCUUACCAACUUAAUUCACGUGGGAAGACCAGUCACAAAUCAACCCUCAUAGACCAUCAGAGAACACAUACAGGGGAGAAACUUUAUAAAUGUAGUGAAUGUGGAAAGCCCUUUCACAAGAAGUCAUCCCUCACUCAACAUGAAAGAGCACAUACAAGGGAGAAGCCCUGUGAAUGUAAUGAAUGUGGGAAAACGUUCUGUGGGCAGUCCGCCUUCACUCAACAUCAGAGAACUCAUACCAGAGAGAAACCCUUUCAAUGUAUUGAAGGUGGUAAAACUUUCUGUCAGCAGUCAGACAUAAAGGUACGUCAGAGGAUUCACACAGGAGAGAAACGCUUUCAAUGUAAUGAAUGUGGUAAAACUUUCCACUGUCAGUCAGACAUUAAGCUACAUCAGAGAACCCACACAGGAGAGAAACCCUUUCAAUGUAAUGAAUGUGGUAAAACUUUCUUUCGACAGUCAGAUGUUAAUGCACAUCAGCGAAUUCACACAGGGGAGAAACGCUUUGAGUGUAAUCAGUGUGGUAAAACUUUCUUUUGGCAGUCAGACGUUCACGCACAUCAGAGAACUCACACAGGAGAGAAACCCUUUCAAUGUAACAAAUGUGGUAAAUCUUUCCAGCGGCAGGCAGAUGUUAAUGUUCAUCAGAGAACUCACACAGGAGAGAAGCGCUUUCAAUGUAAUGAAUGUGGAAAAACUUUCUAUCGGCAGUCAGAUGUUAAUGCACAUCAGAGAAUUCAUACAGGAGAGAAACCCUUUCAAUGUAAUCAGUGUGGUAAAACUUUCUAUCGGCAGGCAGACGUUAAAGUGCAUCAGAGAACUCAUACAGGAGAGAAGUGCUUUCAAUGUAAUGAAUGUGGUAAAACUUUCUAUCGGCAGUCAGAUGUCAAUGCACAUCAAAGAAUUCACACAGGAAAGAAACCUUACAAAUGUAAUGAAUGUGGGAAAUCCUUUUACGAGAAGUCAUCCCUUACUCGACAUGAGAGAACUCACACAGGGGAAAAACCCUAUGAAUGCAGUGAGUGUAGAAGAACUUUCUGCCAGAGGUCAGCCCUCACACAACAUCAGAGAACUCACAUGGGAGAUAGACCCUUUCAUUGUAAUGUAUGUGGCAAAACUUACCGUCAUCUGUCAGCUUUUAAUGUACAUCAGAGAACUCAAACAGGAGAGAAACCCUUUCAGUGUAUUGAAUGUGAGAAAUCUUUUGUUACAAAGUCUACUCUUAUUAAUCCUCAGAGAACUCACACAGGGGAAAAACCCUAUGAAUGUAACGAAUGUGGGAAGAGUUUCCGUCAUAAAUCUACCCUCACUACCCAUCUGAGGACUCACUCAGGAGAGAAACCUUAUGAAUGUUGUGAAUGUGGAAAAACUUUUGGUCGGAAAUCAGCCCUUACACAUCAUCAAGGAAUUCACAUAGGGUAGGAGCCCUGUAGCAGAAAUAUGCUCUUUCUUUUAUGGUUACAUAAAAGUGCAGAUUUGCUAGCCUUCCUUCCAUACACAUGAAGCUAUAAGACCUCAAAAUAUGGGCACAAAUUCCAAGCCUAUAAAAGACCUCAAUUCGAAUUUUUCCUGCUUCUAUUUUUCUUUCCUUAUCAAAGGGUAAUGGAGAUAUCCUCAGGAAACCUUGGGAGCUAGUCAUUAAAGAUUACAAUUUCAUAACUCCUGGUCAGAGUUCUGCCUUCUCUAACAUCACUUUGUAAGUUUUGUCACAAGCAAGAAAUAAUUUUUCGGCCAUUUCAUGUUUAAGGCUUUCUGUUUCAUAGUAUACCCUAGCCAUGCCUUACCCCAUUUACCUUGUGAAUCUAAUGAAGUACGAGAAACACUGUGUCAGAGAGUUCAUUAGGGGGGAGGCCGCUCUCAAUAUCCUGCAUUUUAAUAAACCUUCAUCAACAAGCCAAGCAUUUUGUAAAUAAAAAAUUUCCAGUGGAAAACCCCAAAAAUGAAUGCAGGAAAUUUUUAACAUAGAAGCUACAUCUGAUUGACCGGCAGAUAAUUGAGAGUAGAAUAAAGCUAACAACAUAAAAAAUGUUUUAAGAUCUAUAUAUCAGAAUAUGUAACAAAAGAAAAUUGUCAGUUUAGGAAAUGAGGAAAACAGCCUCAUCUAGAAAUUAUCUUAUUCUAGAAGGGAUGUUUUGGAUGCAGUACUAAAUAACUUGCAAAUAAUAGAAUGUUUAUUUAACGGUCUUGCUCACCAAGAAACGCAUCGCUUUGAGAAAGGUGCAAGUUAGCUGAGUGAGAUCUCAGCAGGAGAAUUAAAAUGUAUUUGAAUCGCCUCUGUGCUAGGUCAGGACUCCACACCGGACAGUGAUCUUCAACAACUAUUUUCUGUGUCCUUGAGUUUUGUUCCAGACGCACCCUUAGCUACGCAACUUUUGUGACAUGUGUUAGGAUCUCUGACACCGAAUACUGUGUCCCAUCAAAUACUUACACCACAACAUAUAUUUUAAAAGAAGCAUCGAAUGCGUGAAA